CCUUAAAAAUCCCAAUUGAUUCAUUCAUUGCUCAAUCAUUCCUUAAUCUCCCAAUCUCUCCCUCUCUUGCUCUCUCUUCCAAACAAAGUUUGUAUCUUUGUCUAUUAUGGGGAAGAACCUUAGGAUCAAGAGCUCCCCUAGUAGCAGAACCCCUCUGCUCAAUCAACAAGAGGAAUCAUCCAAUGGUCCUUCAGAUCUGGAAGAGGGUGGUGCCGUUCAGGCAGCAAAUGUUGGAUUUUGUAGAGUUGUAAGGCUGGCAAAACCUGAUGCAGGAAAAUUGGUUAUUGCCACCAUAGCACUUUUGAUAGCGUCUACCACUAGUAUUCUGAUUCCAAAAUAUGGAGGGAAGAUAAUUGACAUUGUCUCAGGAGAGGUUAAUACGCCGGAAGAGAAAGCUCAAGCUCUAAAAUAUGUGAACAACACAAUUUUAGAAAUUGUGCUGAUAGUUCUCGUAGGCUCUGUUUGUGCUGCUCUUCGGGCAUGGUUGUUCAAUUCUGCUAGUGAAAGGGUAGUUGCUCGUUUGAGGAAGGAUUUGUUCAGCCAUCUUAUAAACCAAGAAAUAGCAUUCUAUGAUGUGACGCGAACUGGGGAACUGCUAAGUAGGCUAUCUGAAGAUACACAAAUCAUAAAAAAUGCUGCAACUACCAAUCUGUCGGAAGCCCUACGUAAUCUCACCACAACACUUAUCGGUCUUGGCUUUAUGUUUACAACCUCAUGGAAAUUGACCUUAUUGGCUCUGGUUAUAGUACCUGCUAUAUCUGUUGCUGUUCGUAAGUUUGGACGGUUUCUUCGUGAACUAUCCCAUAAGACUCAAGCUGCAGCCGCUGUAGCUGCGUCAAUAGCUGAGGAAUCUUUCGGAGCUAUACGCACAGUCAGAUCAUUUGCGCAAGAGUCUUACGAAAUUUCACGAUACUCAGAAAAAGUAGAUGAGACAUUGAAGCUUGGGCUCAAACAAGCUAAAGUUGUUGGUCUUUUCUCUGGUGGACUGAACGCAGCAUCAACAUUGUCCGUUGUUAUUGUGGUGAUUUAUGGUGCUAACCUGACUAUCACAGGGUCCAUGACAACUGGUGAUCUGACAUCAUUUAUAUUAUACAGCCUUACAGUUGGUUCAUCUGUCUCAGCAUUAUCGGGAGUAUACACAACUGCAAUGAAAGCCGCAGGUGCAAGCAGAAGAGUUUUUCAGCUUCUUGAUCGUGUUUCCACCAUGUCUAAAUCAGGAGAUAAAUGUCCACUAGGCGAAUUAGAUGGAGACGUAGAGUUGGAUGAUGUCUGGUUUGCAUAUCCUUCUCGGCCUAGUCAUAUGGUGCUCAAGGGUAUUACACUAAAGCUGAUGCCUGGUUCGAAGGUUGCGCUGGUUGGACCAAGUGGCGGGGGCAAGACUACAAUAGCGAAUUUAAUCGAACGGUUUUACGAUCCUCUCAAGGGAAAAAUCUUGAUAAACGGUAUCCCAUUGGUGGAAAUAUCACAUGAGCAUCUUCACAAAAAGGUUAGCAUUGUGAGCCAAGAGCCAAUUCUUUUCAAUUGCUCCGUUGAAGAGAAUAUUGCUUACGGAUUCGAUGGCAAAGCAAGCAGUACUGAAAUAGAGAAUGCCGCUAAAAUGGCAAAUGCACAUGAAUUUGUUUCAAAAUUUCCCGACCAAUACAAAACGCAUGUGGGGGAACGAGGGAUAAGACUUUCGGGUGGCCAAAAACAGAGAAUAGCUAUUGCAAGAGCAUUACUGAUGAACCCCCGAAUUCUCCUCCUUGAUGAAGCUACUAGUGCUCUGGAUGCUGAGAGUGAAUAUCUGGUUCAGGAUGCAAUGGAUUCUCUAAUGAAAGGAAGAACUGUGCUUGUGAUAGCACAUAGACUCUCAACGGUGAAAACGGCAGACACAGUUGCAGUUAUCUCUGAUGGUCAAAUUGCCGAGAGCGGCACACAUGAUGAACUCCUCGAGAAGAAUGGCAUCUACACCGCACUGGUGAAGCGGCAGUUGCAAGCGCCGAAGGUUGAAAUCUAAAUUUCCUUCAAUGCUAUGAUUUACCACUAUUCAUAGAGAUCGAACAUUCCCGAAAGCACACCAAAUAACAAUUAGGAAACAUCGCCUAAAGUUUAGUUUCAAUGUGCUUCUGGUUCUCUUUACUAAGACUUCACAAGAAUCAGUGAGAUUCUUUGAAUUUGAAUGUUCACAUGUUUGCCCAAUUGAAGCACACUAAUGAACAAGUGUCAUACCUUGAUCUUACUGCUUCAUUCACUACAAGUCUUAAUUGUUGUAGUGUGUUUUUGGUGUAUGUAACAACCUCUUAAUAGUUCAUCUUAAACUUUCAUUUGAAAUCAA